AUGGCUCCGCCUAGCAGCCUGGGCAAGCGCGUCAAGGGCACCCAAAUCAGACGCCCUUUUGUCUACGGCACUACCGCCCGCCCCUUCGACCCUGAGCAUAACCCAAAACCGGAGGGCGUUCCCGAGGAUCACACACACUCAUGGGAAGUAUUCGUCAAGGGCAUCGAUGACACCGACAUUACAUACUGGCUGCGAAGAGUUCAGUUCAAGCUGCACGAGUCUAUUCCCAACCAUGUGCGCAUGAUUGACGGCGAACCGGGAAAGCCCUUUAUCAUCCACGAAACUGGAUGGGGCGAAUUCGAGAUCACCAUUAAGAUGUAUUACAUCACUGAGUCCGGAGAGAAGCCCCAGACGCUUUACCACAACCUGCGGCUUCACCCAUACGGUAGGACCGAUGCCGAGAAGGAGCAAAUGUUGCGACAGAACGACGGAGAGAUUCGUGCCUGGGCCUUUGACGACCAACUCUUCAACGAACCAUACGAAGCCUUCUACGAAAUCCUUACCUCUGGCGCACACCCCAAGGGCCACCCUGCUGGAAAGGGUGGCAAGGGCAAGAACAAGCCGAUCCCGCCCCUGCCGGAGAAGACGUCUAAUGUCCAGGUCUCUUGGGAGCGGAGCGCGCUUCUGCCUGCAGUUAACAAGCCGGGCCAGCCGUUUAGUCUGGAGACGGAGCAGAUCGAGGUCAAGAAGCUCAAGGAAGCCGAAACCAAGGUCAAAGAGAUGGCCAAGAAGCAGCUGGAAACCCUUAAGGAAAAGGAGGAAAUGCUUGCUGCACUGAAGGCCGAAAAUGCUGCCGCUGCGGCGGGUGGCUAG